AUGUAUGCCUAUCAUGGGGUGGCAAACCCAACUGUUGGCAACAAUGUCAAUGCCAACACAUUUGAACUCAGAAGAGGACUACUUCAGAUGGCUGAGAACAAUGCUUUCAGAGGCCGACCCACCGAGGAUCCUAACAAGCAUCUCACUAAAUUCAUCCAGAUCUGCAACACGACGAAGAUAAAUGGAGUCACAGAUGAGCAGAUCAGACUAAGGGUGUUUCCUUUCUCUCUGGAGGAUGAUGCCAAGGAUUGGCUGGACAGUAUGGAGCCCAACUCCAUGCGUACGUGGGAGGCAAUGGUGGAAAAGUUCUUAGAAAAAUACUACCCACCGAGUGAGGCGUUGAAGAGGCAGUCAGAAAUCAUUUCUUUUGAGAUGACUCCCCAAGAGAGUAUUCGAGGAGCUUGGGAAAGAUUUAAGGGACUGAUGAAGAGGUGCCCCAACCAUGGAUUGAAUCCGACGCAUCAAGUCCUAGCAUUCUAUAGGGGGUGCCUGCCUGAAGCAAAGCGGGAACUAAAUUUGAGCGCAGGGGGAUCACUGCUAAAGAAGGGAGAAGCAGAGGCCAUGGAGGUGAUUGAGAAGGUGACCUCUAAUGAUGAAGGCUGGAACAAUGAGAGGAGUAGAGUGCACAGGGUAGCCUCUGCCACAGAGAGUAGCCAGAUGGACAAUAUGUACAAACAUAUGGAGCUCCUCCACAAGAAGUUAGAUCUCAUGGGGAUGGGACCGGUGGUGCAGAAGCGGCAAGAGGGUGUAGAGGAUGUUAACUACAUACACCAAGGGGACAAUAACUACUAUAACAACUCCUGCCCCACUCUAGUGGGUGGGGGUUACAAUCAUUUUGGGAACAAGGCGCAUCCUAAUCUGUCGUAUGGGAACCCCAACAAUUCCCUCCAGCCACCACCGCUUCACAGUUUCCCAAGGGAUGAUCACUGA